AUGCCAUCAACCCAAGGAGACGACGGCGUCAUCACCAUCCGCACCCACCGGCCCGAAGACGUCGCCCAUGUCAUGUCCCGCCACGGCGUGCUGUAUGCCGACGAAUUCGGCUGGGACCCCCAAGUCAUGGAGGGUCUAGUGGACAACACCUGCGCCGAUUUCCUCAACACUUACGACCCGUCACACGAGCGCUUCUGGAUCGCCGAGCGACACCAGGACGGCCAGGUGAAAUUCGCCGGCAGCGUCAUGGUACUCCACGACAAGGACGACCCGGCGCACAAAUCGGCAACGAUCCGCCUCUUGCUGGUGGAACCGAGCGAGCGGGGGAAGGGCCUGGGCACAAGGCUGGUGAGACAGGUCAUCGAGUUUGCACGAGAGGAGGCGCGUGGAUAUCGGCGCGUCAUGCUGUGGAUGCCCAGCGAGAUGGCGGCGGCGAGAAGGAUUUAUCAGCGCGAGGGCUUCGAGAAGGUGGCCGAAAUCGAGCACGAGGUCUUUGGGAAGAAGUCGACGGCAGAGUCUUGGGGGCUAAAUUUCUGA